GACCGACGUGGUCGCAAGAUCAAUGAGCGAUCAGCUCCCUUCAAGGAGCCUCUUCGGCGCUUCAAUUCCAUGCGCUGCAAUGAUCAUGAUGCUGCUGGCAUCACAGUCCCAAUCGCAAGCACCCACGAAAAUCAUUUGAAGCGGCUCAACAAGUUCUUGGCAGAGGUCGAGAGAAACCCGAAGUUGUUGGAGAGGAGAGUGCUGCCAAGCCAACUCGCAGGGCGCCGCUACAGCCUGACGGAGAUCAUUGAGCAAGUCGGCAAGGACAGCUAUGAGACAGAUAUCGCAGAUGUCAGCACAGACGUGUCGAACAUGGCCUGCAGUCCAGGCAGCUAUGCUUAG